AUGCCUCCUCGUAUCACGGAAACCGUCACCAUUAUCAACAAAUCGGGAAAAGUAGUGAGCACUGGAAAACAACUCGUGAAUAUCUUCAAAGAUGCUAAAGCCGCUUAUAACGAAAAGAAAGCACAGUUGAAAGAAGAACACUUUUUACGAGAAGAAGCACGAUCAAAUAGAGUACACACAAGACUCAACGAAGCUCGAUAUGAAAUUGAAGAUGCACGAGGAGGAGGAGGAGGACCAGGAGAUGAUGCACAAUCCUUAGCAUCAUCUAGACGAUCUCACCGAACCCAUCGUUCUCAUCAUGAACAUUCAUCACGUCCAGAACCAGCAUUAGAUUCUCGUCCUCCCCUCACCAUCAACAAUCAUGAAGAAUAUCCCGAUACGCAAAGUUUGGCCAGUGGCCGCUCCCACCGUUCCCAUCGUUCACACACUCGAACGCGUCAGGAAAUUAAUUUCGAUGAUUUGGAUGAGGAAGAAGAUAUGCAAAGUCUUGCCAGCAAACGCUCGCAUCGCUCUCAUCGAUCGAAACGAAGUCGUUCGGUUCAUGGCUCCAAAGCUCCCACUCAGUACGAGCCUGCGGAGACGCAUUAUGAGGAUCCGGAAGAGGGGUUUCUUGAUGAUCCUCCCAUGGCCAUGUAUCGUCAGCCGUUUGCCGAAACGGAAUUGAGUCUCGUGAAGAGACGUCCGGAUAUGGAAGCGCCUCCUAUGCCGGGACAUCUCGUGAGGAGAGAAACGGCUCCUCCGAGCUAUGCCAGUGGGCCACUGGUCCCACGCUCGAAUCCUGUACCUGAUGUUCACGAUGAGAAUAUCGAUAUGAAUCUAGCGUAUGGAGAUCUACCCCUUCAUUCAGAAUCCGACCACGAACCCGAAUAUGAGCAACAGUAUACCCCACCCCAACAACUCCCCGAAGAGCUUGAAGAAACGAUGAGUAAACUCGAUAGUCUCCUCCUCGAAGCCCAAUGUCUCCAUCACACCGCCACAGGCAUAAUGUCGAAUCUCCAAGCCAACCCCGAAGCCAUGGCGGCCGUAGCCCUCACUCUCGCCGAGCUCUCCUCCCUCCUCACCAAAAUGUCCCCCUCCAUCAUCCCCAUGCUCAAAGCCAGUUCCCCCGCCAUCUUCGCUCUCCUCGCCUCCCCUCAAUUUCUCAUCGCUGGCGGUGUCGCAUUAGGCGUUACAGUCGUCAUGUUCAACGGCUACAAAAUCAUCAAGAAACUACAAUCGACACCGGAGAAGAAAGUCGAAGCUCCCAUGGCCAUGCAAGCUCUCCCUGCUACCCCCGGCUACCCCGAGACUCCCGGAUUCAUGGAGCCCCAAGACAUCCACCAUGAAUACGAAGAAGCGAUGCCGUACGAAGCGUACGAGGAAGAAUUAACCAGCAUCGAUAUCUGGCGACGGGGUAUCGCCGACGCGGAAUUACAAAGUGUCGCGACGAGCGUCGAUGGUGAAUACAUAACCCCCACCGCUGCCCGACAGAAGGAGGGUCGAAACGCAGAGAUGAUUCGGCAAAGGGCUGCUGAGGAAAGAAUCGACGAAGACGAAGAUGAUGUGGAAGAGACGAGGAGUAUUCUAAGUCGAUUGACUAGUAAAUCCCGACGAUCGAAAACCCUUCCUAUUCGAAAGAGUUCCCAAUAUGAACCUUCCAUUUCCGUCAAGGAAAAAGAUGAUGAUGUGGAAUCGGUACGGAGCAAGAUGUCUAAAUCGAUGAAAUCCAAGAGUCACAAAACAAGUCGGUCGAAAAUAGAUGAUGAUAUGUCUUCGGUUAUAUCUGGAAAAGAAGAAAAAGAAAAAGAACCAAAGGAAAAGAAAAAGAAGACGCCGUUGAGUAUUUUUAGGAGUAAGACGGAGAAGAGUAAUAGUUUGAAGGGGAAGGAGAAGGAGGGGAAGAAGAUGGGUCAUCAUCCGCUUUUGUUGGAGAUUUAG